GUUACAUUCCCGGCGGCGCUGAUGAAUCGUGAGGCGGUGUUUGUCUUCGACUUCUCCAGCCGUCAAACUGCUUUUCCGGCGUCCAUUAAUGAGAUUUAAUGACCUAACAAUCCAUCACAGGACAACAAUGGAAUAACAGCUUCUAUUCUAAAGGAUUUAAAACUUUUUUUUCAAUGUUUUUACCGACUUAAUAACCGCCAACAUAAACUUUACAAUGCCUCGUCUAUGUGUACAGUGUUAGCUAACGCUGCUAGCUUCUGUCAUUAGCUUAGCCGGUAAACUUGUCAACACCGUGAGGACUAUAAUGGAGUAUGAUAACGAAGCGUCCACCGAGGUUCAGACUGUUCCCUCUGAUGUUCCCUCUGAUGUUCCCUCUGAUGUUCCCAGGACACCAAACACUGAGCUGAGGAAACUUCUGUCCUUUAAACUGUACAAGAGGAGGUGGUUUGUUCUGUUGGUGCUGUGUCUGUUGAACUGCUCCAACGCCACGAUAUGGCUGACCUUUGCACCAGUAGCAGACCAGUCUGCCCAGUUUCUGAAGGUCAGUCUGGAGAAAAUCAACUGGUUGUCACUGGUCUACAUGGUGGUGGCCAUACCCUUCAGCCUUGGGACCACGUGGAUGCUGGACUCUGUCGGGCUACGCUCCACGCUGAUUUUAGGAGCCUGGCUGAACAUGUUUGGAGCCCUGCUGCGCUUCUUCGGGAAACCUGCGGGGGGGGGCUAUGAAAUCAAGUACCAUUUUGCGAUGAUGGGUCAGACCCUUGGUGCCCUCGCUCAGCCCUUCAUCAUCUUCACCCCCACCAAGCUGGCAGCUCUCUGGUUCCCUGACCACCAGCGCGCCACAGCUAACAUGAUCGCCUCUAUGUCCAACCCCCUGGGCAUCCUGCUGGCUAACAUCAUCUCUCCCAUGGUGGUUAAAACAUCUGCACAAAUCCCCGACCUGCUGCUUGCCUAUGCGAUCCCGGCAUGCUUCAUCUGUUUCCUAGCAACAGUGGGGAUACGGAGCAGCUCACCCCCCACGCCGCCGUCAGCCAGUGCCGAGUCCUCCAGCUCCGAGCCGUUCAUACAGGGGAUCAAACUGUUACUAAAGAACAAAGCCUACCUCAUCCUGCUGGUGUGCUUCGGUUCAGGCAUCGCUGUCUUCACCUGCUUCUCCACGCUGCUGGAGCAAAUCCUGUGUGUGCAAGGAUACACUAAUGACUUUGCCGGCAUUUGUGGCGCUCUCUUCAUCGUGUUUGGCAUCGUGGGUGCCGCUGCUCUCGGCCUCUACGUCGACAAGACCAAGAACUUCAUCGAAGCCACAAAGAUCAACAUGAGCUUCACUGCUCUGGCGUGCAUCGCCUUCUCAGUGGUGUCUCUGAUACCGAAUCAGAAAGCUGCUGUGGCCGCCGUCUGCUCCUUGUUUGGCUUCUUUGGGUUCUCCAUCUACCCAGUGUCCAUGGAGCUGUCUGUGGAGUGUUCGUAUCCUGUGGGAGAGGCCACAUCAGCCGGACUCAUCUUCGUAUCAGGACAGGUUCAGUCUGUUCUCUACAUCGUCAUCCUCCAGCUUUUAACCACCCGGCUCACAGAAGCUCCUCUGUCAACCUGCGGGGACGCCAUCCUGAGCUGGAAGGUGCCGAUGCUGGUGAUGGCGGGACUGUGCAGUUUCUUCACCUGCUGCUUCCUCAUCUUCUUCCACACACGCUACAGACGACUGGAGGCCGAGGAGCAGGCCACCUACGGGAACAAACAGUGCGACGUCUGGACGACCAACCAUGUGGAGCACGCUCCGAGUGUGGAGACGUGAACCUGCUGAGAGACUCAUGACGAGGGAGAGACAGAGGGAAUUAUGGGAGUGAUGCCUCCUGCAGUUUGUUUGGUGCAAAACACAGAAGGAAAGUAGUUUGGUUUUGGUUUUGUCACCUCAGAUUCAGAGGUGAAAGUUUUUUGUUUUUAAUCAACAUGUUCUUGUUGAUUCUUUGGUACGACACUGGGGCCAAACUUGUCUUUGUACGCUGAGUUACAAAAACAGAUUCUGUUGAUACUUACGGGUGAAUUAAAUCCUCUGAACAUUAAAACAGCAUAUCUGCAGCAGUAAACUCAGCAGAUAUUCUUCAUCAUUCCAUCACUUAAAUGAAAAAUACUUUUUUGUGUAAAAGUAUAAAAUGUAUUUUGUACUUUGUAGGAAGGAAAUUAAGUUUAAAUGAUUGUUUUAUAGCCACUUAGUCAAAUAAAUCCACUGAUCAUGUGUAUUUAACUGAUUUUUGGAUUCUCACUGGGUGUCGAGAUGAGCUAAAACAUCAACACCUUUACAUGGGAUCAGUUAACAGCGUAGAACAUGGGGUGUUUUUUAAUUUCAGAUGAACUUAGUAAUUAAAAGAUAAUAAGAAGGCAAACACAAGCAGGGUGUUUCAGGGAAAUACACAUUUCCACGUCUCCCAAUUUUCCCCAAGUGUAACAUCCUGUAGCCUCAUGGAGGAGGUGAUAUUUUUCUGAUAAAGAUUUCAAAAAUGACUUUGCUAACAUACAAAAAAUAUUCUGUUUUUUGCCCUUAUUCUGUAAAAGACAAUAUUCCUACGCAGCUGUUUACAUGGCUAAUUCGAGUGAAUAUCCCACUGAUAUUCAGCAACACACUGGUUCCCAACUGGUCCAGCCACAGGGUCCAGAUUUCUCCUCAGUCUUGCGUUUGGCCAUGUCGUCGAGCUAGUUUGCUGUCUCUGUUAGUAGCUGUCUGUUAGUCACUCACUCUGCAGCAGGAAACAGCACUUCAGAAUAAAAGUACAGUGCCAGAAAGUCACUGGACUUCAAAAUAAAGUGUUUUUUACAAACUUAACCCAUUCCCGAGUCACUUGCGGUCCAUCCAGAAUGGACCACGACCCACCAGUUGGGAGCCACUGAUCCAAGAAGCCAUAUAUCACGUCAAAGAUAUGUAAUGGAAACGUUUCUUAAUGUUGGACCAUGUGAACACAGUCUCACUCUGUCAUUCCUGCAGCCACCUUCUUGAAAAGCUCGGUGAUGCCAUAUUUCAGCACAUCCAAAAAUCUGUCAAUAUCUAAGUCUUUGUGAUGUUUAAAAGUCGGUGUGUUUUUCCUUGUGAGCUUAAAUGUGGCAUUUUCUUUUAGGUAUGCAUCUCUACCACGGCCCAGCAAAGAGCAUGUAAAAACUUUAACUGAAACAUAUGUGCCGCACACAUGUCUAAUCGUGCUCCUAAAACCUGAAUAAUACUUACAUAUCUGGUGUUUCUUAAUCGUAACAUGUUGAAUUCGCAGAAAGGUCUAACUCGGAAUAUCAAAACAGAAUAUUCUGUUUACAUGAAGCCAUUUCUUUCCUUUCUAGCAGCUACACUCAGUUAACCAAAUAAUUUUGUUUUAAUAUCUGUAGCUGUUGAAUGUAGAAGCCAGAAAAGGAGCAUAAAUCAUACACCAAAAAUAAUUUACUUUAGGACAGGGCUAUAACAAGUGGCAGUGAUCUACUUCCUGGGAGACAUGAUUCCUUCAUCAGCUGGACAAGAUCAUUCUUAACAAAGUCUCGCUCUGAAUGAGAAAAUAAAGACAAACCCAAAACAAGAUGCAGCUCAUGACUGAACCUGCUCUGGAACAAGGCACAGUUUCUGUUACAGGAAAAAUUUGUACCUGUAUAUUCUCACAAACUGUCACUGAGGGUUCAUCCCUGAUGUUUCCUCAUCACACAGACUUCUGUUUUGUUGCAACUCAGCGUUCUCGUCUAUUUUCUGCCGCCGUGCAGAGACAAACUGCGGACUCUGUUCGACUCUCAGGGACCGACGACAAAAACCUGAUUUCAGUUUACUGCUGAUGUUCCUAAACAUUUUCUGCCGUCAGACUCAGAACAGAGCUGCUCAGAAUAACUCAACGAACGCAUCAUCAUCGACACAUCUGAUCUGACACUAUUAAACCACUGGAAGAGCUUCACUGACACUGAAUAAAAUCAGAGUUUUCUGCAGGUUAUUUAUAAAACUAAAUGUAUGGAUUUCAGACCUGAGUAAAGUGAAACCAGACUGUUUCCUGUUGAACAAACGUGUCAGUGAGCGGAUAAACCAAACAGGAUAUCACUGUGUUCACUGAAGUGUCUGUCAGUGUUGUGAUACCCCCAAGAAACAGCUUUUAACCACUUAUUAACCACUUUAAAUUGUGUUUAAAAUAAAAAAAGCUUCCAUCUUCAGGACUGCAGACGUAAAACAGUUUGUUUUCUAGACGGUUUUGGGUUUUGUGCAAUUAAGGGAGCAAAUUGAACCCUGAUUCUGACAGAUGACAUGUUUAACUUUGUACUGAAUGUCUUUUUGUAACGUCUUCCACUAGUAAAGACCAAUAAUACGAUGUUUUGUAUUUUCCAAAGAGGUAAUGUGUUAAAGAUUUAGAUAACAGGAGGACGUGUGUGACUUCACCUCCUGUGUGUUCAGAUGUAAUCAUGUGAACGAAACAUGUGAACACAAGCACUUGUUUCCUCUCACUGCACUGUUUGUAAAGGCCAAGACUGCAAUAAUGAGUUUCUCUGUUUUAAUGCCUUAAAAUGUCAAUAAAAUGUCACCUCUUGUCAUGGGACGUUCUUUAAAACAUUUACACUGUCAACUUGGCUUAAGAAUGAGACGUUUAUAUCUACAUACAGAACACGUCCGCUCUUACAGAGUCCAUCAUGGUAGCUGAGAAUAGACAGCUCAAACACUGAUAGGGCCAUUUGUGUUUUUGGGUCGGUCUCUGUAGUUCUACACGCUUGGCACACAGUUCUGCAACCUCACAGCUAGAUGCCAUUACAUCCUAAACACUGGACCUUUAAUGCUUUAAUGGCUUCAGUUCAUGAGUGAUGUGACUUCAUGUUUAUCCAUGAACUACUGCACAGCAAAGUACCACCCUUGUGUCUCUCUGAUUGUCUCUGUUCCUCUGAGUACUGAUCAGAGAGGAAGAUGUCUGAGUUGAAGAAAGUGACACAGACGAGCAGGCGGAUAAAGACUCUGGAGAGUUUUAAUUAUUUCCCAAUUCCACAUAAAACAAAUAUAAAAAAGUAGAGCGCUCUCUAGAUUCAUAAUCAAUCAGAGCCGACCUGAAGCCUCCUCCUCUUCCUCCUCUUCCUCCUCUCCUGUGAUCGUUCCUGCAGCUCUCCACAGACAGUUCAGACAGGUUUAAAAAGACCCAUUCAUAAGAAUACGAGCAGGAUGUAAAAAUAAAAACUAAAACCCGAGCAAAAAAACAAAAAAAACAAAAAAAGGAAACACUACAGCAAAUUAAUGACGGAGGAUUUAUCAGACUUCCUACUUCAAAAGACGUCCUCAGUCGUGGUCGCACAAACUAACGAGUCGAAUGGCACCAAACA